UAUGAUGAAAAUUACAGUCCUCUCUCAUCUUUUUAAGCGGGAGGUACUUGCACAAUUGGUGGCUGACUAAAUACUUCUUUGCCCGACUGUACCUGGAGUUGAUAUUUCUCAGCUAAUUCAUAACACAUCUAGACUAGUUUCAGGACUGUCUGUUGCAUGUAUGCAACUUUGCAUGGUCUGACUAGGUAAAUUGAAUGUGAUAACUAGCCAGCUCUCAAAAACCCUUAACUUUACAUAGUAUAGUUUUAGCGGUUACAUUCGCCCACGGUUGGCUCGGUGUGAACUACAAUUUCGAAGUUGUGUUUAAAGGUUUAGAAACGUCUAAUCAUUGUUUUCGAAACAUAUGCUGAUGUGCCGCUUAUCUGUCAUGUCAGCAAGAAUGUUUUUCAAAUAAAGAUACUUACUGUAGUAGUUUUGCACAAAUCUACAAGCUCUGUGUGCAUCCAGUUGACGAACUACACUUCCUCUCCAGUUAUUAGUGAUGGGUCGUUCGCGAACGAGUCGACUCUAAGAGCCGGCUCGCAUAUCAGAAGAGCCAAAUCUAUUUAUAAACAUAUAAAACAAUUAAGAUAUGAAUAUAAUUAACUAAUUAAAAUAACUAAAAAAAAAUGCCCAAUGCUCAAGCGCACACACAUUCGUUCUGGCUUUCUUCUCACACUUCUCACCUGUUGUUCCUGUCAAACACAGUGUCAAACAAUGAACCAAAGAUGCGUGAGGUAGGGCCGAGCCAACUCACUCAGUCACACACUUAGCAGCCGAGUAGAGAGAGGAAGGAAAGCUGUGAAAACAACAGCUGGAAAAUUAGUCUGAAGCACAGUAGCAUUUGGAUGCAUUUUAAAAUGUAGAUGUUAGAGCACAGUGUAGAAUUUGCCAAAACAAAAUCUCAUAUAAAGCCGGUUCUAUGCACAACCUACACCGGCAUAUGCGAACUGUGCACCCAACUGUGAAGCUAUCUGUAGCGGAGCUUUGAGAAACUAGCGGGCCUGCUAGUGAUAGUGGUCGACCCAGCACCUCCACACGUGGAGAUGUAUCCACUCAGUCAAGUAGGCCUACUCCGCGUCCCACAGCAAUGCAGUCUUCUACGGACCACUUUAUGCCAAAGUCUAUGUCUGUAGCAAAUUGUUUCGAUUGUGGAGGAUAGAGGUUUUAGAAAUUGUAGCAAUACUCUAAAUCCAAUGUAUGCAAUUACCAGCAGGAAAACCCUUUCAAAGUCACUUAUUCCACGACUGUACAAGAGCACACAGGAUUCAGUGCAGGAAAGAGUCCAAAAAGCUCCUGCAGUUAGCCUUACCACUGACUGCUGGACAUCAAGGGUAACCACUUGUUACAUGUCACUUCAUUGAAGAUUUUUCAAUGUCUAACUGUCUUCUGGACUGCUUUGAGUUCAGCGACAGACACCUCAGAUAACUUGGCAGAGGAACUGUUGAGUGGCCAGAGAAUGACAAGUAGAUGGAAAAGUAGUUUGUUGUGUUAACGACAAUGCAGCUAACAUAACCAAAGCCAUGAAAAUGUUAAAAUGGACCCAUCAUCCAUGUCUUGCCCACACAAUCAACCUGAUUGUAAGAGAUGCUCUGAAGUUGAAGCCCACUGUGGACAAAGUGAAAGCAGCUGUGGAAUGCUUCCACAGGAGCACAGUAGGUGCUGAAAAACUAAAGUCUACACAACGCCAGAUGGGGAUGCCUGAGCUGAGGCCUAAACAAGACUGCACUACAAGGUGGAAUUCAACAGAAGAUACGUCAUCAAAGGACACUAAAGCAGUUAGCGUCUAUGAAUGGGUUAUGCGAUAACUAGCUAGCAAUGUUUCCACACUUAACUUUACAGGGUAGCUUAUACAAAACACCACCAUAUAUUUUUAAACUAACCUGCUCUUGGAGAUACUUUCUUUGUUCUUGAUUCGGGGAAAAGUGUUAUCUAAUAUGUCGGUGUCCAGUUGCAGGUGGUUCUACAAAAACCAGAGAACACAUGGAUUUAAUAUCUUUGAGUUGAGUGGGUAACAUGGGCGCGGCCUCAUUUUAAUAGCUGGGUGCUCUGCCAUAUGACAUUAACUUCAAAUUAAAUCCCAAGUUCAAGAAACAUUGGGAAAUGGCAGCACUCCAAAAAAGUUUUUUAAAGGGACAAAAAGACAUGACAUUAGGUGACAACUUUUUGUACUAAAUAAAAAAUGAAAACAAAAAGGUUUUUGGAGUGGUCGCAAUGUGACGUGCUGUCAUCUUCACGUUGCUGCGUCUCAUGGAAACGACUAGUUCCUGAAAAGAUGUUGGGAAAUGCUAGAUGUGCGGCAGCUAAGAUGGCGAGGAACCUCCUCACGUGGUACAAAACAUGGAUUUAAUAUCUUUCUGAGUUUUCUGUUUUUUGUAGAACCACAUGCAACUGGGCACUGACAUUCUAAAGGAUAACCUUUCGUUCUUGAUUCAGGAAAAAAAGGUAUCGCCAAGAGCAGGUUAGUUGAAGAAUCUAUGGAAGCAUUUUGUAUAAGCUGCCCUGUAACAAAGUGUAGAAAUAUCGUUAUCGUCACAUAUCUUGCGUAACAGUGUCUAAGAGUAGACUAGCUAUAGCUAGUAAAGGCAUAGGUAGCUCUCAAUUUAGAGAGGUUAUAAGUGGCUUUGGUAAAGGUAAACUCAUUCCUGUAAUGUUGAUGUCAGUUGAGCUAAUGAAGAAUAUAAAAAAUAAGGGAAUUAAAGUUUAGCAACUUACUGUUCAAACAAUGUACUUGUGAUUGUCUGUGCACUAGCUAUAGAAACAGUCUCAUUGGUAUUUUUGUAUUCAGUUUACAUAGCAAGCUACUUAUUAUAAAACCCUUAUCACACUUGAUAAUUUUGUGUCUUCUUUCCACCUAAAGUAGCUAGUUGUGAUGCGGAGAGGAGACCUUGUUCCCCGGGCCUUCCAGGCCCCAGUGGAUGUCCAUGCUAGUGUAGAUGGCCAGGUGUACAUGUUCAGGAACGGCCAGCCAAAUGACUCUGCAGGCUCUUCAGAGGAAGAAGAGUUCAAUGUGAUGGCGCUUUGGCCCCGGGGGCGGCAGGAGCCGGACCAGGACAGACUGGGCAGCCUCAUGCUGCUAGAACAGGAUGUAUUGGUUGGAGACAACCUCAACAAACUUGCUCUGCAAUAUGGCUGCAAGGUGGCUGACAUAAAGAGGGUGAACAACCUGAUUCAGGAACAGGAUAUGUUUGCAUUGAAAUCAAUCAAAAUCCCUGUGAAGAAACACAGCUUAUUGACUAACACAGAACACAGAACCUCAAAUUCAUCCACACCACAGGACAGACCUACAGCCAGCUCAUCUGGUAGGCCACAUUUACAGGAAUACACUGACUUCCUCAAGGAAGUGGAUCAUGACAUCGAGAGACUGAUUCAAAUCACAGAUGCACAGAAUGAGGUCUUUUUAGAGGCCACAGAGCGGCCACAAAUUUUGGGCUACAGAGGCCAGCGCUUGACCAGCUAUGGAGCAGACUGGGGCAUCCAGUGGUGGAACGCUGUGGUGGCCAUGCUCCUGAUAGGCAUUAUCCUGCCUGUCUUUUAUGUUGUUUAUAUCAAAACACAAGACACUGGAGUGCCUGCUGCUGUAGCGACCUCAAACAGCUCAGGGACAGUCCUCGGCACAGAAAGCCCUAGGAACACUUUUAGCAGCCAGGAAAAUGUCCCUCAGUCUGAACGAACCAAACACAUAGUUCAGGGAAAGAAUGUCUAUGGACUUCAUGCUUAACGUCAAUUUAAGAACCAAACCAGUGUUCUGCUUAAAGGUCAUCAAAGAAGUGUUGUUGUGUAACAUUUCUUUACAAAAGAUUGAAGUUGUAGUAUGGAUGUGUUUUACCACAGACAUUGGACUUCAUGGUUUCCGAUGUGUGCCUUAUUAGAUGUCUGACUUAUCCAGUCAACGGUUCUUUCUUCUUUGCUAAUUAUUUUGAAAACAUUUUAACACGUUUGCUCUGUGACAACCUUACAACUGCAAUUGAAUAUGGAUAUUCAGUUUCGGACUUGCUUAAACAUUCUGAACAGAUUGUAAAAUAUGUGUGUUUGUUAGUCUUCAUGUCCAAAUGUAGUGCCAUUUUAUAGAGAUGUUUGUUUUCUUUGCGAGGCAUUGGAAAACCUCCUCUGUGUGUGUGUGUGUGUGUGUGAGAGAGAGAGAGAGAGAGAGAGACAGACACAGACAGAAUCUGUCUGAAAUUCAAUGCUCGACUGAGGGACCAUACAGACACUUGUAUUUGUGGGGUACAGCGAUGAGGUAGUCAUUUAAAAAAAGUGUUAAACACUAUUGCACACAUCGAGUUUAUGCAACGUAUUGUGACUUGUUAAGCAAAUUUCUACUACUGAACAUACACUGAACAAAAAUAAACGCAACAUGU